AUGUUCUUAGCUGUUUUAUCUUUUUACAAUUGUAAGUGACUACAAUAUCAUGGUUCACACUAAGCUUAUCUUUCUCUUUGGGUGCUUGUUGGCAGUGUGCCAGAGCUAGUUCAUGGAUGACACUGAGUGUGUAGAUACUGAUUCUACUGGCACGUGUGCUUACUUGGAGGAGGAGUUCAACUUGUGUAGUCCCACCUCUCUCAUGUACAGCUCCAUGGUAGCUCACUGUGCCCUGACGUGUCGUAAUUGUGAGGAGCAACAGGAAGAGGGAGAAAACAAUGAUACCGACAAUGAUGCCGACAAUGAUGCCGACAAUGAUGCCGACAAUGAUGCCGAAGAGGACUCUGAUGGGAGACAGGACGAUGACCCAGGAUGUGUGGAUUUCCUGGUCAGUGAGACAGCCCCCGACCCCACACUGAACUGCCAGACAUUCCAGCACCUGUGCAAUGACCCCUCAGCUAUCGGACAGCGGGUCUACUCGGAAUGUCCGGUCACGUGCGGAUCCUGUCGUCAGGACGACGACCCUGUUUGUGAGGAUGUGCUGGCAAACGCCAAGUCACCUGACCCUACUCUGAACUGUCAGACCUUCAAACACUACUGUGAGGAAGAUGGGAAUGUUGCUGAGAGGGUGAAAGCUGAGUGCAGGCUUACCUGUGAUAUCUGUCAACUUUAA